AUGACGUACCGCAAUUGUGUCAAGCCUACAAUUUCUGCAAUCACCUCUACAACCAUUCAAAAAAGCCUUCUUACCAAGAAUUAUUGCUCAUUCAGAAUUCAUCCUCUCACACACGGAAAGCAUUCCUUCUUAUCUAAAUUCUGUAAUAAUAAUAAUAUUCAUUCCAUACACAACAUUGCCAAUCAACAACAUCAUCAAACUCGGUUUUUCUCAAUCGUUCAAGAUGCAUAUGAAGAGAUUGAUCAUGAAAUGAUGAUAGAAGAACCUACCGAGAUUGUACCAUCAUCGGGAGCAAAGAAACACAAACUCUUUUCUAGAAAUCUUCCUACAACAAACACAUCAACAACAACAAGUACCAACACCACAAUGACCCGUAAUGAAUUUACCAAUCAUCUCAAAAACUUGAGCAAAUCCAAUGUAUCGGAAAAGAAAUUUGAGGAAUAUUUAAAAUUAUUUCCUGCUGAACGCUUUGAUAAUUAUAUUUACACGUUAAUCAUGCACUUUUAUACCACAAAACAUAAUUUUGCAAUGGUAGAAAAGGUCUUGAAAAAUAUCAAAACUCCUGAUCGUUUUGUAUUCACAGAAUUGUUAAAAGCUUAUUCAUUGGAAGGAAAUGAGAAAAAGGCUGAGGAAGUUUUCAGAAAAAUUACAAAUCCAGAUAUAUUUAUCUACAAUAGCAUGCUGACUGUUUAUGCAAGGCAGAGAAAUAUUGAAAAAUUUGAACAAUUACUGCAAGAGUUGAAAUUGAAAGGUUCUCCCAAUAGAAUUACCUAUUCCAUUAUAUUGGAUGCCUAUUUUAAGGUGGAGAGUUUCGAUAAGGUCGACACAGUAUUUGAAGAAAUUGCAAAACAAUGUGAGACAGGUGGCAUUGAACAGGGUCACAUUGACAUUCAACUUGUGAAUACUUAUUUAACGUGCUUGGUACAUUCGACACAAUAUCAGAAAGCUCUAGAUUGUUUCAACAAGUAUGUGCUUGGAGAAAAUAUUGAACACUUUCCCGUCCAUACGAGAAAUCAUUGUUCAAGCCCUCUCGGCGUUAAACCUAAUGAAAGAACCAUUCUGCUCAUGUUAUGUGCGUUUGAAGGCAUGAAAGAUGAAAAGAAUUUCGAAAAUCUCUUGAAUAUUAUGCGAUACUACAAGAUCAAGUCAAAUAUUUAUAUUGCUUCCAAGCUGAUGCAACACUUUUUCGAACGAAAGGAAUUCAAAAAGGUCAUUGACGUUUUUACUUUUUCUAGCUUCUUGCAGUACAAAUGCUACUAUGCACUAGUGAGAUACAUUUCACAGAGCUAUGCAGCCCUAGAUGAUACAGAACAUCUUCUUCAAUUUAUCAAAUUGUUGGAAGAGCAAGGAGGAAUUCAAUAUUUCAAUGUUCAUAGCUUGAUUUAUGCAUUGGCUCUAGUGAAACAACCACAAGAGGCCGAAAAGCUAUUUCACAAGUACAAGAGCCAAACCAGUGAUACAAGUUACUUGUUAAGAAUGUACAAUGCCAUGUUACUAUGCCUUAUUAGAAGUGGAUUAAAGGAAGAGGCGGUUCAAUUUUAUAAGAGUUAUCCGUUUGAACCAGAUAGCACCACCAAAAGAAUUUUGCGCGAGAAAUUUGACAGACACCCUAACGAUCAGAAUAAAGGCCAAUAA